AUGAGUACAGAAAUAAAUUCAACUUCUUCUCCAUCGACAUCACAACAACAAAUAACAUCUGUACAACAAUCUGAUAAACAUUUAAUUGAAUCAUUAAACAGUACAAUUGAAAAAAGAAGUUUAAUGUUAAUUGAUCAAUUCGAAGAAUAUUUUCGUAUUGCUAAAUACCAACUUGUUCAAUUAAAUAAUACAAAUGUUAAAGAACAAACAGAAGAAUUAAUUAAUAAAACAGCACAAAUACAAAAUGAAAAAUAUAUUCUUGAUAAAUAUGGUACUAUUAUUUGUCGUAAUCCACUUGUUCGUGGUUUUAUCAACGCUUUAGCACAUGGUAUUUCAGAUGAUUGGAAUGAUUUACAAAAAACCAUUCAAAAAUCAUUAGGAUAUAUUACUGAAGGACUUUGUCAAUCAUUACGCGUUCAUCUUGAACAAGUUCUCGUCUCUCAAUAUGAGCCAACAAUUAUUAAUCAAUUAUUACUAAUUGAGUGUCAAUUAGUACUUUUACUUGGUGAAAUCGCUUAUAAACAAAGUGGUGAUAUGGAAAAUAAUCCUCAAAAUCGAUCAUUAGCAAAGGAUAGUGAAGAUGAUCAUCAUUUGGUACUUAAUGAAAAUAAAAAGAAAGAAACAUCUGAACAAGAAGAUACUUUUGAAACAAUAGAUGAUGUAUUAUUAAAAGAACAACCAACUAAAUCUGUUAUUAAAGAAUAUAAUCUAAAAGAAAUUAAUACAAUUGGUCGUGAACAAUCUAUUCUUCAAUAUUAUAAAUUAUUAAUAAAUGAAAAUUGUGAUAAAUUAAAUAUUAACAAACUUACAUCAAAUGAUGUAAUACAAACGACCAAUUUACUUAUUGAACCAGGUGGACAAAUGAUAAGUCAUUCAUAUAAACCAGAAAAACUUAUGACGAAUAAUGUGAAUGAAUUAAUACGUGAAUUAAAUAAAUCAAAAGAACUUUCAAGUAAAUCAUACGAGCUUUUAUGUAAUCUUCGUCAAUGCGAAAAAACAAUGAAUGAAAUUACAAAUUUAUUAGAUUUAUAUUCUCUUCAGGAAUCAUUUAAAUAUUUAAAACUAAAUUUUUCGAAAGAAUAUGAAGAACAUCAUUUAUAUGAUGAUGUUGUAUCAGUUUUAUAUCCUUAUUUAAAACAAUAUCUUUCUUCAAAUUGGAAUAUUUUUAAUGAUAAUCAUAAUCAAGAAUUAAUAGAUUUAUUUUUAAAAUGGCGAAUAAUAUUACAAUAUGUUACAAUUGGUUUAAUAAUAGAUGAUGAUAGUGCAUCAAAAGCAAAUAUGAAUUUAUAUGAUUAUUUGAUAUGGAGUACUUGGAUGCCGGUUAUACAAGAAACUAUUCAACAAUGGAAUUUAUGUGAAUCUGAUAGUUUAAUUAAUUUUCUUAAACAAUGGCAAGCAUGUGUACCAGAAUAUUUAUUGGACUACAUUCGUGAUCAACUUAUUCUUCCAAAACUUCUUAUUGAAGUUGAGCUAUUGGAUUCAAAAUGCGAUUCAACAGCAGUACAUAGUGAUAUUCGUUGUGUAAAAUUUCGUACUUUAAAAUAUCUUGAAUCAUUAGGCAAUCGUAUUAAUCAUUAUCUUGUUGAUGAUACUUUGAAUUAUUUAAUUAAAGAAGCAGCAACAUUGGAUAAUGAUAAUCAUAUUACAUUUAAUGCACCAGUUUAUGAAUUAGAACCUAUAAUUCAUCUUGAUAUUUUUCUACCUCGGAUAGUUGAUUUAUCAUUACAUAGUUCUGAUUGUCAACACCAAAAUUCUACUUAUUUAAAAAAUGCGGCAUCGAUUAUUAAACGUAUUUUAAGUAUUUCAUUACAUCCGAAUAGUUCUAAAAGACUUGGAUCAACUGAAUGGGAGGCAUUGGUGGAUGUUUACACUCUUCAAUUACUUUAUGUAUUUGGUGAAAGUUUAGCAAUACCUAAAGGCGAUGAUCCAUCUCUUAGUAGUUUUAUGAUUAAUUUUAGUUACAUGGUUGAGGCUUUUUUUAUAGGUACUCAACAACAAGCGAUCAGAGCUUUAUCUCAUAUAGAACGAAUAAUAAUAAAAGAGAAAUCUUAUUUAUUUGUUCAAGCAACACCUAAACAACAUCGUCCACCGUAA